AUGAAGUCCCAGGUCAGGAUCGCAUACUACAAUGCCGAGGGUGCGAAACGAAAAUGCGACGCCGUACAGCCGGAGAAUAUCCCAGCGGGUGUUUUAACGCACAUAAAUGUUGCUUUUGAAGGCAUCAGCUCGGAUCUGGAAAUGACGGACACAAUCGGUGAGACCGUCGCUCGUGUCUCUCGACUCAAAAAGAUUUACGCUGGCCUGCGUGUCAAUAUUGCCAUUGGCGGCUGGGUCUUCAAUGAUCCGCCCACCGAGCAUCGCUUUUCCGAUAUGGUUGCCACAUAUAAUUCUCAACGAAAGUUCAUUUCGUCGCUCAUCAAGUACAUGCAAAAGUAUGCACUCGAUGGUGUGGACAUUGACUGGGAGUACCCGGUCGCUGAUGAUAGAGGCGGAAACCCCGACGACAUGCCAAACUUUGUGACAUUCAUGUCUCAAAUGAGGGACAUGUUCGACAGUGUUGAUCCUGGUUGGCAAAUUACCCUCACUUUACCAUCCAGCUAUUGGUACAUGCGCGGCUUCGAUAUUAAGCAACUCGAAGAAUAUGUUGACUGGUUUAACAUGAUGACUUAUGACAUCCACGGUGUAUGGGAUGAAGGGAUUCGCUUCACUGGUCCAUACCUCAAAGGUCACACGAACAUCAGCGAGAUCGAAGACGGCCUAGAUCUGCUGUGGCGAAACAAAAUCAAUCACGACAAAGUCGUCAUGGGCUACGGUUUCUAUGGUCGGGGUUUUCAUAUCAAGGAUCCCAACUGUCAUACUCCUCCCAACUGCGAAUUCGAUGGCCCAAGUCUUCCUGGCUCAUGUACCGAUACCGCUGGCAUUCUCUCCUACUCUGAAAUCCAAAGUCGCAAAAAUGAAUUGGGUACCACAGUCACAUACGACGAGGAUUCUACGGUCAAGUACAUGAUCUAUGGGUCGAACCAGUGGAUAUCGUUUGAUGAUGCGGAGAGCUUCAAGGACAAAAAAGAAUAUCAGUCGUCACGCUGCCUGAAAGGACUAAUGAUCUGGUCUGUCGACUUGGACAAUUCCAAUUUUGACGCCAUGUCUGGCCUGUUCGGUGACGAAAACAUGUCCAAAGCGCACGGCGACGCUAGUUUGACAGACAAGGAGAAGGGUGAGCUUGUGAAGCAGCUUGCGCCAUACACCGGUCAAAAUUGCUACAUCAGCACGAAAUGUGCAUCGAGUGCGCGGGACACGACCUCUGGCGCAACAUGCUUCACUGGAUACAAGCCCGUCGAAAUGGCGCAUGCACCACGGAGAAUCCGCAGCGACAAACAUGAAGCUUUAGAAACAUGCAAAGAGGGCAAGUUUCAUUACAUUUGCUGCCCCGAAGACCAGAUGCCGAAAAACUGCGAAUGGAUCGGUGCUCCAGAACGUUCAGAGAUUGGCUGUUCCGGCUUUUGCGGCAAGAAACAGUUCCAACUUGCGACCGACAGUUACAUCGACUACAAGGGAACGGGUAGUUGCUACCAAGGUCGUCGCUCGUUGUGCUGCGAUUCGACUGACUUCUUCGACGACUGCUGGUGGUCUGACUGCGGCGACUGGAACGAAAAUUGUGGCAGUUCAGGCAAAGUCGUAGCUUGGAGGCUGGAUGAAGAUGACGGAUCAAAUUGCAAGCCUACCGAUCAACACAAGCAGCCGCUGCGAUCGUAUUGCUGUCCAAAAAAGGAUCCCCUGGAGAACUGUUUUUGGUCUAAUGACAUCCGGCUUCUGGAUCCUCCCGAUGGAGGCGACAAACAGUACUCAGAUUCUUACGCAGACUUCUUCACCUGCAACAAUAAGGAGUGUCCUUACUACGACAUCAAGGUCACGAAAGCUCUGAUUCCUCAUACUUCCAUUGAUUGGAUCAAUAAGGACUCUAUUGACUGUUCAGCUUAUCCGCAGAUGAACAACGUGGAGCCCGAGUACGGGCUCUGUUGCAACCCACCAAAUCCAUUGAAGAAGAAGCUGCCUGUUGAUCCAUCAUUCCUAUGGUCGGACCCCCAUAAAGAAGAUGGCUCGGAAAAUGUGUGGGAGUUUGCCGAUGACUUUGGCAACAACAACCAAGAUACGACACCAGACAACCAGUACGAGAACCCUGGCAGUGAUCCGUAUGGCUUCAUAAUGCUGAACGGGCCAGACGGCUCGCUCAAUGACAAUUUCGGCAAGGAUUUUACUGUGGUGAGCGAAAAAGAACCGGAUGCUCAUGAGAAGCGUUCGCUCCUCACCACUAAUCGAACCAUCCUGGACAAUGUUUUUGAGGACGCGCCGGAAACCAUUCACGUCUACUGCAACCAUGCGCCAGACUCCAGAGAAUGUCGGCGCACCUUCUACAAGGGCGCUGAGGAUACAAUUAUCCGGCUUCCAGACCACGUUGGCGAAGGUCCAUUUGCUCGCAUCGUGUCGAUGGAGCGCGUUGAUCUGCCUCAGCUGCCAUCCUGGGUUCAUCGCAAGCGGACCAUUGACGCAAACCGAAAUGGCGUAUACGAACUCAAGUUCGACUACAACUUCGGUGCCAUCAAGAGAGCCGAAGACGAGCAAGUCAACAUGCGCGUCGACUUUACUAACUUGAUGGAUUACUGGGACGAUGUCACGGAUGAGCCGACCGGAAAGAGCAAGAAGCGAAGCAAGCGCGACUAUUCCAAGCACAUGGGCUUUGAUGAGUGGAAAGCGCGUGUCGAUCAAGCUAAGAAACGCGACCUCGAAGAGGCAGGCCUCGACGAGCAUAUCCAGAGUCGCAGAUCCUUUACACCAGAGGCGCACGAUGUUUCUACCCAUGCCAUGGAACGUCGAUGGUACGGAGCCUUUAAGGAAUGGCUCAAAAAGCUCAACAGUAUUGUCAAAGAUGAAAAGGGCUUCUUGCCCAUGGGCUGGAGCUCCGUCCUGACGCUCUACAGCGGCCGGCUCGAGUGCGAAAGCGAUGCAGGCAUUAGCUUCCAGGCGGGUCUCGACGUCACGGCCGACUUUGACUUUGACAUGCGCACGCAGUAUGCGUACUACUUCUCGGGAACCAUUGUCCCGCCCAAGAUCAUCGACACGUACGCGUACGUUGGCGCCCACCCAUACAUGGAAGCCGGCAUCACGGUGGCCGGCGAGGCGCAUCUCGGGUACACGUCCGACCGCAAGAAGAUCAUCGACACGCUGACAUACCCCGGCCUAGCCAUCAAAGGCAUCGCGUCCAUUGGUCCGUCUUUGGACAUUUGGGGCCAGAUCAAGGGCGAAGUGACGGUCGCGGGCUCCAUGCGGGUCGGCGCUCGGUAUACUUUUAAGCCGAUCGAGCUGUACAUGCCGAAUGAUGACGAGACACGCAGCAAGGCCUCUAGCGAUCUUGAAAAGAAUGACGGCGACGAGGAGGGUCUAUCGCCGGUCUUUGAAGCCGAAGUCGAGGCCUCUGUCGGGUUCGGCGUUUUGGUCACGCCAGAGGUGAACCUAGGUCUUAAACUCGGCGGUGGAAUUGGCAAGUUCAAAAAAACUUUGGUCGAUGCGCAUGUCGCUGCGUUCGUCAACACCACGCUGUGGUUCUACGCCAACGCCAAGGCUCAAUUAGAUAAGGGCUGGUCGUACAAGUACGGAGUCAAAUUCUAUUAUAGGGUGGGCUUCUCAGCCAUUGUCGAAGCCAUACUGAUCGGCACAUGGAAAACGGACAAUUACUACCCGUUUGAGGAGCAAGUUAUAGACAUCUACGGACCUGUGGAGGUUUCUUCCUCUGACACGUCUCGGAAGCGACAGCUGCACAGCUCGCCAGGCGGGCCACUACCCCGGCCGCUUUUUGAGCUGCCUGCAUCCGAGUUUGGCUCUGUUCGCAGGGAUCUGCCCAAGUUCGACGGCCCGGGGCUCUUUCAAAUGGGGGCCAACAUGUCCGCUAACGGCACCUACCGCGGUGGGCAAGACGCGUCCAUGGCAGCGGCUGCAGCCGAUGACGGGAAGACGGAAGAGGGAUCUUUCAAGUUUGGAGACUUUACUUGCGUGACCGGCGGACUCAAUGGCUGCACUGCCGCCACUAUACCGCCAGACCCGGAAGUUCUCAGCAGUGUGGACAUGGCCGCCCUGAACAAGAGCGAGUCUGCGGCCCCAGAAGUCGGCAUUGCCAAGCGCGCAGCCGCGUCAAAGGGCGAAUGCCCUGAGAAGCUGCCCAAGCUAUACUACAACUGUGUCUCAUACUUUUCCGACUAUACGCUGCUGAAGCAGAAGCCUCGGGGCAAGAGCACAACGAUGCCGGGCAUCUGCAACUCGGUGCAAAAGUUCCUCAACAACCGCAACGGUCAGCCAAAUAGCAGAGGCACCAAGAGCAGCUGGACCCUGACCUGGGACUCCAAAAAGGAGCGAGCCAAUCGCCGUCGUGGCCAAAGCUGUCCCACCAAGACUCUCACCCGUCUCGGAUUCUGCGAGGGUGACAAUUCAGCGCGCCGUCGCGCCGCUUGGGGUGAUCCAAAGCUUGGUCGCGCUCUCACAAACUGUGACGAGUUUCCAUUCGCUUCGUCUGAGGAGGGUGGCUCUGACUUUUAUGGUCUCUACCCAAGCGUGGCAACUGGCACAGCAAGAACAUGCGUGCCAAGUUGGCAGAAUGAUCAACAAGGUCUUUGCAACAAACUUCUUAGUGGACUGGACACCAACAUAGUGUACUACAACAACAGAAAAAAGCCAGAGUCUGAUGCUACAAAGGCUGAAUGGAAGAAUUGGGGCCCCGGCGAGGAUGGCUGGGUGCAAGCCGGCUGGGGCAAGAAGCAGCGGGUAGCCCAGUACGCAAAGACGAACCUGCAGGCGCACUCUGCAGGUAUCAGCGCUGCUCAAGAUCAGAAACGCCAAAGUUGGUACCAUAAGCGCAACUUUACAGUGCAGUUGGCAUAUCCCAAGACUGCCUCUGCCACCUCGCCAACAUUUCCUGGUCUGCGGAGCAUGUCUGGCAAUUUAUUUGCUGGUAAAUCGUAUACACCAAGGAACAAGGCUCUCAAGUCCAUGGACAAUGUCAUUUGUGCCGUCAGCACAAAUGGGCAGAACCGGUUCCGCAGCAACAGUGUCAAUGGGUAUUGCUGGGAUGGUGUGCAGACGCGGAAGAAAUGGGGCGGUCUCAUUGAUGUCAUUGUCGCGUUUUCAUGCCGCUUGAGCUUCAAGACAACAGGCAAGAGAGAUCAGAUUCCUAUUGGCUUCCUUGGUGAUGAGCCAGUAUAUGACAUUGAAAAGGUUGAAGGGACCGAGAUCGAGAUGGAGUUGCCCCAGGGCGUUGAGCUUGGUACGGAUGGGGAUACGGCAGAGAGUGCGAUGCUCGAUGACGUUGAUGACGCUUCAUCUGACAACACCUCCUUUACCGAAAGAGAUAUUGACGAUGUCUGGGAGGAUGUUUUAGGCGAGGAGGGGGGAAGCUCGUGGGAUGCUGACAUUGCGGAUGUGAUGGAGCACAGCUUGGCGGGCAAAGAGUAA